AGCGAGCGGUGCGUUGCCCCGGUGACGGUGGGGCCGCGGGGCGCCAUGGCCUCGGAGACGGUGCGGGUGGUUGUCCGCUGCCGGCCCAGCAACAGCCGCGAGAAGGAGCUGAGCUGCCGGGAGGUGGUGACCAUGGACCCGGGGCGCGGCCAGUGCUUCAUCCACAAGCCCACGGCCCCCGAGCAGCCGCCAAAACACUUCACCUUCGACGGCGUCUUUUGCAUGGACAACAGCACCGAGCAGCUGUACAACGAGAUCGCCUACCCCCUGGUGGAGGGCGUGACGGAAGGCUACAAUGGAACGAUCUUUGCCUAUGGACAGACAGGAAGCGGGAAGUCAUUCACCAUGCAAGGCGUUUCAUACCCCCCAUCGCAACGAGGAGUCAUUCCCAGAGCUUUCGAGCACAUCUUUGAGAGUAUCCAGUGUACAGAAAAUGCCAAGUUUCUUGUGAGGGCUUCUUUUCUGGAAAUUUACAACGAGGAGAUCCACGAUCUUCUGGGUCAAGACACCAAGCAGAAACUGGAGUUGAAGGAACACCCGGAGAGAGGAGUUUAUGUGAAGGACCUGUCCAUGCACACCGUCCACAGUGUGGCUGAGUGUGAGAGAAUCAUGAACAUAGGCUGGAGCAACCGUGCUGUGGGUUACACCCUCAUGAAUAAGGACUCAUCGCGAUCACAUUCUAUAUUUACCAUUCACCUGGAGAUGUGCUCAAUAGACGAUAAAGGGAAAGACCACAUCCGCGUGGGCAAAUUAAAUCUUGUAGAUUUAGCGGGUAGUGAGAGACAGGCGAAAACUGGGGCCACGGGCGAUCGUCUGAAAGAAGCUACCAAAAUCAACCUGUCGCUCUCGGCUCUGGGGAAUGUCAUCUCCGCCUUGGUGGACGGUAAGUCCAAACACAUUCCGUACCGUGAUUCUAAGCUGACCCGAAUGCUGCAGGAUUCUCUUGGAGGCAACACCAAAACUCUGAUGGUAGCUUGCCUCUCGCCCGCCGACAAUAACUAUGAUGAAAGCCUCAGCACUCUGCGCUACGCUAACAGGGCCAAGAACAUCAAGAACAAGCCCAAGAUUAACGAAGAUCCAAAGGAUGCUUUACUCCGGGAAUAUCAGGAGGAGAUCAAAAAACUGAAGAUGCUGCUAGCUGGGCAGGUCGGAAGCACUGCUUUAUCCAAUGAUCUGAACAAGUUGUCAGUGAGCAGUAACCGGCUGGCGAGUAACUCCUCUCAAAAUUCUAGCGCUCGCGAGGAAGCAGAAGUCGAGAAAGAGAAGAUUAGACAGGAGUAUGAGCAGAGGUUAGCCAAGAUGAAGGCAGAUUAUGAGGCGGAACAGAAAUCCAACGCCAGGCUGCAAGAGGACAUUGAGAAACUCCGCAGCUCGUAUGAGAUGAAGCUGGUUCACAUCGAGGCCUUCGAUAAAGGCACUGACGCACCCGAGUUUGUGGAAUGUGCCAGUGUCCUGGAAACUGUGCAACCCAAUACCCUUCCCCUACCUGAUGCCAGUGACCUGGAGCCAAAGCUCGCUCUUACCAAGUUGGAUGAGCUGGAGGCUCAGAUAGUUCAGCACAUCAGCAGCACAGAGAAGGGAGGCUUGACCAUCGAGGAUGCCCAGUUAAACCUCACCAUCCCCAGGGAACAAGUCACAGCCAACAACUCACCAGCCACCACGUCACCCGUCGCCUUGGAUCAGGAGGAGGUCAUUGCAAGACUGAAGAUGCUGGAGAAUGCAGUGGUGGGUGGGGAACAGGCCAAGAAUGCUGAGCUGAAGGAGAAGCGGAAACGGCGCAAGAAGUACGCAGACGAACGGAAAAAACAGCUGGCGGAGGCCCUGAGGCACAGUGACCGGGAUGACCACAGCGUCUUGUACAAUGUGUACGAGUCCAUCCAGGAUGAGGUGCGAGGGAAGAGCCGGCAGAUCGAGGAGCUGCAGAAGAAGCUGAAGGUAGCAGAGAUCGAGAUUUGCGACCUCCAGUCCGAGUUUGAAUUUGAGCGGAUCGACUAUCUGUCCACCAUCCGCAAGCAGGAGCGGGAGGCCAUCCUGCUCUACCAGGUCCUCGACCGGAUCCAGCCCCUCAUCCGCCGGGACUGCAACUACAGCAACAUCGACAAAGUCAAGCGGGAAUGUGUGUGGGACGAGGAGGGCAGCUGCUGGAAGCUGCCAGAAACACUCAUUCAAAAGAUUACUCUGCCUUCUGCUGGAACCAGUGUGGCAUCGAGUAAGCCAGGGUCAAGGAUCUCUUCUGGUGACAUUACUGAGUACCCGAUGGAGGAGGACCGCUAUCGACAAAUGCUGAACCGCAGCGACAGCGAGAAUAUCGCCAACAACUACUUCAAAUCUAAACGUGCCACUCAAAUCCUGAACACAGACCCGGCGCGCAGCCUGGUGCACAACGUGACCCUGACCAACGGAUCCUCCACCCACACCAUAUCCAGCCGAGCCACAGUGUCUCCCACCCAGGCUUCCGAGAUGCCGCAGCCCAGACCGUAUCGCUUGGAGUCGCUGGAGAUCCGAGCCCCUUCUGCCAAAACCAAACGCAAGAAAAGCAAAGGCAACUCUUCCUCAGACGUUCUCUAAAGCAAACCUCUCACAAUAAAUAUUUAUUCCUUCUUUAAGAUAUUUAUUAUUUUUCUUUCUCUCUCUCUCUCUCCCACCCCUCUUUUCCCUUACCUUCAAGAAGCCAUCCAGCUCUGCCAUUCUCAUCGUGAGUAGGAAUAACUGUGGAGAAAUGUCUGGAUUGAGUUUCCCUGCAAAGGCAUUACUGAGGUGGACACAUCACCAUGCAGGAAAUCGGUUUCAAAGCCAUGUUCUCCCAUGUUCAGGAAUGGUUGGCCAGCGAGCGCCAUUUGCCAGUGUCUGCCACCAAUGUCUACAAUAAUAAAUUGUGUAAAAGCUAAUAAAUACACAGCACUUUUAUUGUCCAGUGGGCGGACACUUCACUUUUGCCAAUUUUCUCCCCUUCUGCUUCUGGUGCUGCAGGAGGGAAGGACGCACGGAUUGACACCCUCGGGAACCUUACCGCCAGUGGCCGUGGUUGGUGUGUGAGCCCACUCAGUGAGUAUCAGCAGGAUAUCAAGAGGGUUGAGGGGGCAUUACAGUCAAGAGCUGGAUCUCUGGAUCAUGGCUGCUUCUCUCCAGGUCAAGGCCAAGGAGAACAACCCCUGGCUGAGACCAAUAAUUCAGUGCAGAUGAGUGAAAGCUUAAGGUCCUGCAAAACACAAUUCGGUUAUUGAGUGCCUUCUGAAAGAAAAACAAAUCACCAUUGCUCUGUUUUGAAUUACUCCAAUUUAUUUAUUGACUGACCAGAAACACAAGUGACCAAUUUGCACAGUUAAAGUAGUGCAAAGGGAACUAUUCUAAAGGUAGCUAUGAGAAGUAUUCUGAAUGUUACUCCUAUUAUAAACGUAGCAUUGAAAUCACUGCUGCUCUCUGGGACACAGUAGCUGUGAUUAACUACAUUUAUUAAUUNAAAAAAAAAGUUUGCUUUGUAAAUUCUGGAGCAGAAGCAUCAAAGCACCACCUUCAUAUUGAAGACUAUCAGUUACAGAUGGUGAUGUUCUCAGUCAGCCAGAAUAGAUUUGGCAGAGAGUUUGGAUAAUUUCCUGCCUUUAACAAUGUUACAGAGUUUAUAUAACUGCCACUGUAAGGUAUUUCAAAUAUUGUUAAAUAUUGGAAUAUGUUGCAUUCUUGUGCUUUCUCUUGAGCCUCUGUGCUGGUCAUCCAGUUCCUGAACCAGGCCGGUCCGCAGUUUUCCAAAACAUUUGAAGACAGUUCAGCUGUCAUGGUCACCUAUGAGGGACAGACAGACCAGUCAUUGGGGGGGGGGGGGGGGGCAGGAAUUCUUCGCACUCACCUCCUGUUACCCCUACAAGCCAAAGCCCUGAAGAGAAAAUUCUCCUAGCUGGACCAGACCAAAAGCAGAAUAUUUUCUGUUAUUUCCAUAUUUGGCUUGUGAAUAAACUGCACGGCCAUUUCCAACAUCUUGGUGGUUAUCAUUUGACUGCAAGGUUUGCUUCCAUCUGCUCCCCACUCUGCACAGAUCAGUGUCUAUGCUGUCACAGUUGAUCUUUCAACACAUGGCGGAGGUUCCCUUCACUGCCAGUUUGACACUCAUCAGAGAGGGCAAUGCCAGCUUGGCUCCGGCAAACUUCUUGUUUGGGAUAAUACUGAGGAUUUCCGGAUCGUCAAGUUUGCUGCUCUGAUGCAAAAAUACUCCCAACAUCUUUUUCCUCCUGUCUGUCUUCUCUCCUGCUCAGAGCUGCCACGAUCUAUAAAAGCUAUAACAGCUGAGUGCUAGCGCAUUUUUAGUUUGGAAACACAUCCAACUUAGGAAUAGGAAUAGGCCAUUCAGCCCCUUGAGCCUGUUUCGUAUUCUAACAGAUCAUGGUUGAUCUGUACCUCAAUACCAAUUACCCGCCCUUGCCCCACAUCCCUGACCUAACAAAUAAAUUUAACAGACGAGAGAAAGAAACACAAUCAAAACUGAUGUGAAAGUAGGGAAUGGACAAUUAAAGUUGAUUUUAAAUCUCCACCUUUUAACAAUUCUUGAACUGGGAAAGAUUUGGGUUUUUUUUGAAAAAAAGGUUAGAAUGAAUUGAGCUAUAAUAGGGUUUGAGUGGAGCUAGGACCUGAAGUUAUCAAUCUGAAUGAGGUUAGGAAUUACUGGAUUUGUUUCAUGUUCCUAUGAAUGUCAGUGUCAUUGGGACACAAAUUAUUUCAUGUACACGUUAAACUAAAUAACUUUUUGUUUUGUUUAUAAUCUUAGCUCACAGUUUCGAUGAUGUUCUGUAAAUACUGCAAUAAAAAGAUCUUUAAAGAGAA